AUGCUACCAGACGAUUCGGAAUGUGGGGUACUCGAACGCGUACAAUUGACGCCUUCGAUGAUACCAAAAUGUCCCAAAUUUGACGCCAAAGAUUCCCAAUUCUUCAGAAAAUUCACCAAGUUACCCUCACCGGAAGAAGUUCGCUCGCAGGCCAAAGCCCAACAUCUCGCAGGAGUCUGUCCAGAUAAUAGAAAAACCUUCUCGAUGACUAGCCUUAAUUACCGAACACCACCUGUGAUAUUCGAGGAUCUGGGGUUGUUUGUCAAAUGGGGAGGCAUUGUGAGAAUUUCCGAGGGUCAGUGCCUCUAUGCUCUCGGUCAGCUCCUUAAAGACGAUGUCCCGAUUCCGGAGAUAUACGGGUGGCGGGAGGAUGGCGGUGAAACUUUCCUUUAUAUGGAGUAUUUGCAGGGGCAGACUCUGGAGCAAGUGUGGGAUAAGCUGGAACCUGAUAACCGCGUUUCGAUCUGUUAUGAGCUCCGGACAAUCGUCAACCACAUUCGCCGCCUUCAACAGAAGCCAGGAGAGUCAUUCGUAGGUGAUAUUGCACAAGGUCAUCUAUAUGACAGAGUAUUCGAAGUCGAGUCGCCCGAAGCAGGGCCGUUCAAUACCGUCCAGGAAUUCCAUGACUGGUUUACUUUCCUACAUCGAAGACCAAUGCCAGAUCCAUAUAUUGUCCCAAUCGAACCGUUCCGUCAGGACCUGCCUGAUGAUAGUGAAAUCAAAUUUACGCAUGGCGAUCUCCACCGGAGCAACAUCCUCAUAACACGCUCUGAACCCUAUCGUGUUCUUGCAAUCGUCGAUUGGGAACAGUCUGGCUGGCUACCUGUGUACUGGGAGGCCAGAAAGGCGCAGUAUACUGCUGACACUCAGGAAUGGUCUAAAAAAUAUUUGCCAAUGAUUUUAUGUCAGUAUACCAGCACUUGGGAUACGUGGGCCUACUACACUGCGGCCCUGGGAGUUUGA